AUGCUUCCGGCUAUUGCCCCUCUCUCUGUGUGUGUGUGUCUCACUCUAUGCGUGCACCUCUCCUCGCCCUCUACCUCUCUCUUAUUUCGGUUCCCAUGGCGCUACCGCGUUGGGGCAUUCACCGCCGCCACGGCUGCCGCGCCUUUGCCCAUUUUGAUGCACGGGCGCGCUACACGGGUAUACCUGCACACCAGCGCCUCGCUGCUCUCUGCCUCCGCCUACAUGACUUUCACACCGAACCAACGCACCCGCAGACACUCCUCACUCACUCAGACAGACAUCCCCACAGACUCCACAGAGACAUCUCCCAUUGCAUUCAUGCGCACAGUCAUGCUUCAGAGAACACCGGUGCGGCGCUCCGCAAUCGGCGUUGCGGUGGCGUCCGCUAUGCACAAGGGAUGCACCUCCACAAUGCCGCACACCAACAGCGGCGUCUACUACACGGCGCGUCCUCACACAAAACUCGCGCCGCUUCCGGCGCCGACUCACCCUGUCUCCAUACCCGGCGAGGCACAGCUGAGAGAGUUCAAGCGUUUCUACGAGGUGGUCACGGGCUCUAGGGCGGCGACAAGUCUGCCGCCUACGCCGCUGGGUCGCGGCGGCAGCGAGCGCAUCUUCAACAACGAGUUCUUGCACCGAUGCCCGUGGCAGGCGAGCUGCAUGGAGCUUCGGGAGCGCACAGCGGAGCCGGAAAAGAGGGUUCUGAGCUACGGCAACAUUGACUUUGCGAGCCUGCGCAAGCGGUCGCACCGCAACGCUGCAGCGGCCGGUGGCCCAAGCCCGACUACGAGCUCAUCGCCGUAUGGCUCCUACUCAAACGUGGAGGACAUACUCGACAAGUCCAAUGGAGAGUCAGAGCAGCAGCAGCAGCAAGGUCCUGGGCUCGACGUUGUGCACUACUACGAGACCUCCACUCCAGAGGGCUUGGCUGGGUAUCAGCAGAUUGCGAUGCAGGUGUGCAUGGAACAGCUGCCCGGGUCCUGCACCAACUUUUCGGCUGAGGGAGGGUUUGCCGUGUGGGUCGUGCCACACGACGAGUACAUCGAGACCCUGACCACGAUGGGCUACCUGCCCGAGUAG